CAACCUCUCCUUUCCCUCACACUUUGUAGUAUUAUAACUUUCCAAACAAGUCUAAAAAGCUUCAAGCUAAUUAAGCCAUGAAAGCCACACCUUCACUUUCUAUCUACAUCCUCCUCACCGUCAUAUUCCUCCACCGCUCCGCCGCGGUGGGGCCGCUCGACACCGCCGCCCCAACUCCGGCUCCCGGCGGCGCCGAGAACGACUCGGAGUUCAUCCGUACAAGCUGCCAAAGCACACUAUACCCGGAAAUAUGCUACAACACCAUGGCGCCGUUCGCGAGCCGCGUGCAGCAGGACCGCGGCCGGCUGGCUCGAGCCGCCAUCAGCUUGAGCCUGAACGGAGCCAAGCACACGGCGGCUCACUUGGACAACCUGUCGCGGCUCGGCGGGGCCGAGCCGGAAGCCGCGGCGGCGCUCCAGGACUGCUCCUCGGCGUUCAGCGACAGCGUGGACCAAAUGCACGACUCGCUGGCGCAGCUGAAGCAGCUCGGCGGCUCGGACGAGGAGCUGAGGUUCCAGAUGAGCAAUGUGCAGACGUGGAUGAGCGCGGCGGAGACGAACGAGGACACGUGUGCGGACGGAUUCGAGGGCGUGGGGGAUGGGCCGCUGAAAACGGACGUCUGUGAUCGCGUCAUGAAGGUUAAGCAGGUGACGAGCAAUGCAUUGGCUUUGGUUAACUAUUUCGCGAGUAAUAUAACGGCGCCGUGAUGAAUGAGGCGUUAGGUUAGUUACGGCGUCAUCGUGAAUUGUAAAAAGUAAAAAGUGAAGUAUAAAUGAGGGAAUAAUAUGUAGUUUCUUUUGGUUUGUCGCCCAUUAUGCUAUUAUUCCUCCGCUCAUGGAAAAUGGCUACAGGAGAUCGAUCGAGUUAUAUUGAGUCCACAUAUAUACUUGCUAAACUUACUACUUUUUAUUAAAAAAAAUUAAUUUCUCAUAUCCAAUGGUAUAAAUGUAAGACUUUGUAUAAGAUAUUUCGGUAUCAAUUAUAUUGUCUUUUUGUA